AUGCAGCUACGUCUCCCAGCCGAGGCUCUUCAACUUGGCCUAUGCCCUUGCCGUAUCCUGAGGUUUUUUCCCGAGGUUGCAGUGUUUCAGGCCUUCAUCACAAGAGGUGCAAUUCAUCGAGCUGCUUUUGACUGCUUGCGUUGUUCUGUCAGUUCCUAUGCAUGCUCUUCUCCGAUGAGGAAUCGUGAUGACUUCUCCUUGGAUUCCUUGCGUUCAGGUUUUCUUGCUGGUCGGGUCGAACGGGCCCCGAUGGUGGCUGCCAAGUCUAUUCAGUCAAAGCGACUUGCCUUUUCUGGUGCCCCUCGUUUUUGUCCUCAGCCUUAUCUUGAUGAAAGGACUGCGGAGAUAUACGAUGCCCCUUUGAAGCUUGCUGCUGAUCCCGCAUCACAUUUGGGACCGGUGCCAAAGGUGAGAGUGUUUGCCGAUGCUCAGAACAAGGUGUCUCUCUACAAGAAGUUAGCUUCCACGGGAAGGCUGAAGCCGGUGCCUUCGUCAUGCAAGCGCGGACCAUAUGUCUCAGGGAUGUUCUGUGUAUGCAAGGACUUGGAGCGCGACCGCCUCAUCUUGGACUCCCGGCCUCCCAAUAUUUUGGAGUGCAAAGGCAGCGUUUGGACGAACGCCAUGGCUUCUGCUAGCUCCCUGGUCGACUUGUGUUUGCAGGAAGACCAAGUUUUGGUUGCUUCUGGCGAGGACUUGAAGGAUUUCUUUUACCAGUUUCAAACAACUCCUGAGAGGGCCAUGCGGAACAUUCUUUCUGACCCGCUGAGCUUGGAGGAGGCCGUAGAAGUAUUUGGGCCUGCGUUUGAAUGGCAUGAGGAUCCGGUUUGGGUCGGCCUUUCGACCCUUGCCAUGGGGGACAGCAAUUCAUGCGAGUUUGCACAGUGCAGUCAUUUGAGCUUGUGCAGGCGCAAGAAAGUGUUUGAGGAUGACGAGCUGCUCUCGCUGCGAGGGCGUGUCCCUCGCGGUCUCCUGAGUGUGGGGAUCAUCAUUGACGAUCUUGUGGUGCUGGAGAAAGUCUUGCGUUCUCAGUUUGAUGCCUACAAGGAUGGGAAGAUGCCUCUCCGAAGUGAAGAGCGUCUGAAGCGAGCUCUCUGCGCCUACUCUGAGGCAGGGUUGGAGGUGAACCAUAAGAAGGAGUUCAAAGCCGAGCUCUGCUCACGUUUUUGGGGUGUUGAGCUGGACGGAAAUGCAGGGCUGUUGCGACCUUCCUCUCUGCGGCUCUGGCCUGUGGUGUUGAUUACAUUGCGGGUUGCCAGCCUUGGGUUGUGCUCGGUGUCCCUGCUGGAAGCUCUGGCAGGAUCCUGGAUCUCGAUGUUUUCUCUGCGUCGUCGUCUUAUGUGUACAAUGGAGCUGGUUUUUGAGGCCCUGGCGAUUUCUGACCAAAAGGCGGUGAUUCGACUGUCCCCUGCUAUGAUUGACGAGCUCUGGACUAUGGCCCUAUUGGGGCCCCUUGCUUGCAUAAAUCUGCGGGCUCAGCCUACUGAUUUUUUGGUGGCCACGGACUCUUCUCUGUCGUGGACUGCUGGAGUGAGUGCCAGGCUUCCAAAGACCAUUUGUGCUGAAGUGAUGCGGCGCAGUCUGAAGCGCGGCGUCUGGUCAAAGUUGCUUCCGCCGCAUAAGGCGUGGUUGAGAGAACACGCCCUGCUUUCGGAGGGCGAAGAGAUGCCUGGCGAGGGUUAUAGCUCCCAUCCUCUCUGGAACUUGCUUGCUUCGUGCCUGCAGUAUGAGUUCAACUGGCGAAGGCCUAUUUUGCAGCGCAGACACAUCAAUGUCACUGAGCUUGAUGCCAAUUUGAAUGCCGAGAAGCGAUCUGCUGCGAACUUGAAGCACAAGCGGAUUCUUUUUGCUUUGGAUUCUCAAGUGGCACUCGGAGCUUUGGUGAAGGGCAGAGCUUCCUCUUCAGCUCUCAAUGACCAGCUUCGGCGAUCUCUGGCGCAUAUGCUGGGUGCCGAUUUGUAUGGCUAUUAUAUCUAUUUCCCUUCCCCUCUGAACCGAGCGGAUGCUCCGACCCGUGAUGCAGAUGUUCCUGGUCCUGAUGUCGAGCUUCCGAAUUGGUGGGAUAGUGCUGCAGCCGGUGACUUCACCCUUUUUGAUGAAUGGAUUUCGGCUAUGGAAGCCGGCGUUGUUGAACCUGAAUUCGAUUUGGAGCAGCUCGAUGCCCGAGCCCAACCUGACUUCGCCUCGGCUCGAAUGAAGCAUGAUGAGGCAUUUGGUCAAGCCAAGCGGUUGCACAGGAGUGUGGGUUCACUUCGCGCGUCCUUGAAGCCUGACCUUGUUUCCAAAGCUCGACAGAGUGAUGAGCCUGCCGGCCAGGGCAGGCGUUUCGACAGAGGUGAGAAUUCACCCCCUGCAUCCUUGGAGCCUGAGCUCCCUCCUGAAUCUAGGAGGGCUGAUGAUGAGUCGGGUGGGCUAUGUGCUGAGGCUUUGCAAAUUUUGCGCUCCUUCAAUACGAACCAAUUUUUUGCCAAAACAAAACCCUUCAUCCUGCGAGAAGCUGGAGCCCUUGACUUGUACAGUGGGAGAUUUGGAGUUGCGAGGCAGUUGGUUCAGUGUGGAGCCCCUUGGGUUCUGACUUUUGAGAUUGAAAGAAGUAGCUCUGAGGACCUUUUGGAUCCCUAUGUGCACAGCAGAAUUUUACGGUUGCUUGAACUGAAAGCGGUGAAGAUCUUGGGUGCUGCCAUUGUCUGUAGGUCUUUUACUACAGCCAUUACUCCUCCCAUACGCAGCAAGCGCAACCUCAGGGGAAUCCCUGGGCUAGCCCCAGCUAUGAAAGCCAAGGUGACAGAAGGGAACUCUCAGGCUGACAACCUUGAUGAGGUUUUGAGGAGCGCAGAAGCAAAUGGCUGUGGGUUUUGGUUUGAAAAUCCAGACCUGUCAUGGCUCUUCAAACAGAGGAAAUAUGCCGCCAGGUACGGAAGUCCUUCAUCUUCAUCUUUGUUUCGCUUUUGCAUGUGCCGUUUUGGCACCCCAUGGAAGAAGCCUACGCGAGUGGGCACCAACAUCCCUGGGCUGGCUGGGCUUAGGCUCUGGUGCAAAUGCAAGCGGAAUCAUUUAGUCUUGAGAGGGAGAUCAGCCAAACACAAGAAGAAUUGGACUUUGGUGGCGCAACCUUAUCCUCUUGGGCUCUGCAAGCUGAUAGCUCUGGCGUGUUGCGUUCAUGCUCGGUGGACAGCCUGCAAGAAGCUCGAUAUUGGGGCCUGCUGCAGAUCCUCUUCCCAGCGUAUAGGCGAAGCAUCCAACCCCGGGCCGAGAUAUAGUGCGGCUCGGCGAGGACUGAAUCUUCAUGGAGUGCAUCUUCGUACUCCAGCCACUGAAGCCUUGGAAGCUAGACAGCUACAUGUUUUCAUCGAAUGGUGCAAAAUCAAGCUGCCCAGUGUGGAUCUUUCAGUGGUUUUUGAUGUUGCUCCUAGUUUUCUAGCUGAUGUCCUCUGCAUAUAUGGAGUGGAACAGUUUAACUUUGGGGGUGCUUUGAGCAAUUUCCGUCACUUGGUUUUAGCGGUCCAGCGUUGGAAACCUAUGUUCCGCAUUCAGUCUGGAAAAUGCUGGGAAAUUGUUGGCAAGUGGGAGAUUUGUGAACCUGUUUCUCACAGGCCUCCUAUUCCAGAGGUGGUUGUUAAGAGCAUAGUUUGCUUUGCUUGGCAGCUGCGAUGGUACCGUUUUUGCGGAGUGACUCUAUUAGCUUUUUAUGGUGCUGGAAGAAUUGGUGAAGUGCUGAAAUGUCGCCGUAGUGAUUUGCUUUUUCCGCAAGACGCCUUGGAUGAGACAUCUUGCGCUGUUUUUCUGCAGCUGAAACAGUUCAAAUCCCUGGGCAGACAGCCUUCACGUGUGCAACACAUGAAGGUUGACCACAAACAAGCUUGCAAUCUGCUCUCAAAGAUAUUUCUGCUUCAGCCAGGCGACACAGUGCUCUAUCCAGCGUCUGCUGGAGUGUAUAGAAGACGCUGGGAUUUUUUGUUGAAAACUCUGGACAUUCCUGCGACGUCGAAGCUGACGCCUGGCAGCCUUAGAGGAGGAGCUGCUGUUCAUGCUUACAAGUCUGGAAAAUCCGUUAACGACAUUAUGUGGUCCCUGCGUCUUCGAAGCCAACAGACUUUAGAAAGCUAUCUUCAAGAGGUUGCUGCGAUAGGAGCCCUUCGUGAUUUGCCUGCUGAUGUACGACGACGGCUCUAUGCCUUUGGAGCUAUCUUCGAUCAUCUCUUUCCUGGUCUUUCAACCCGGCCGCCCUUGCCUAUGGAUGGUAGGGACAAAGCCCUUGUGAAGAUGUGGUGGUCUGGCUUCGGCAGUGGUCAAGCAGAGCGGUGUGCUGGGAAGGUGAAGAUUUUGGCCAAGGUCGCCGAUGCCACGGGCAGCGCGGCGCAGCCCAAUGAAGCCAUUGCCUGUGGCAUUGGGUACUUGGACCACAUGUUGGACCAGCUGAACUCUCACGGGCAACUUCGUGUCUCCGUUCAGGCGUGGCUUGGAGGGGAGAAGGUCUCUCCGCAUUCCAACGAUGCCUACACCACCAGCUGUGACCAUGAGGUCGCAAGCUCAGUAGGCUCGGCCUUGGGUGCUGCGGUAAAGGAGAUGCUACAGAGCAGGAGUUCUGAGGGCUCCUUCCGCUUCCUGGUGCCAUUGGAUGAGGCCCUGCCCAGCGAAGUGUCCUUGGCGCCCUUUGGCAAGUUUCCACCGGCCGGGCGCACCCGCAUCGGUUCUUUCCGCAGCUUGGCCCCUGAAAAUGAAGGCACUUGCCUCACUGAAGUCGUGUUGCAGAACUUUGCGAAGGCCUUGAACGUGGUCUCAUAUGACCACCUUUUGGUGGUGAAGACCCAGGUCAAGAAACUGAGGGGGGACAAUGCCCAUCACAUUGUGGAGGCGACCUUCAAAUCCUUGGCUCGUUGCCUCCGUUGCGCCCUGGACGCCUUCCUACAGCUGGACCUACGGCAUGCGCUGCCGGCGGUGCCGCGGGAGACGUGCAAGCAGCGGGGGACCAAGGAGACGAACAUCGACAUCUCUCUGAAUUUGGAUGCGCCGCCUGAGUCUUUGGGGAGUAUUUCCACUGGGCUCUCAACGUUGGACGCGCUGCUGCGGAAGAUAUCGACCUUUCGGAUCCAUGCGAAAUGCUCUGGAGAUGUUUGGAUCGAUGAACACCACAGCACAGAGGAUGUGAUGAUUACGGCGCCACGCCACGUGGGUUUGUUGGGUUGUUUGUUGUUUUGUGUUGGGCAUCUGGGGUAG